AUGGAGCUUACCGCAGCCCAUGGCCAAUCUCCAGUCCAUCAUUCUUCACCUUCACCUCUGACGCCCGAGGAUGAACCUCCGGCAGACCUCACAUCCUCACCUCCUCUGCACAACCAGGAACUGCCCGACCAGGAGUCAGCCUGGAGUCUUCCCCUUACGACGGUUGUCGCAGCAGCCGGAGUUAGGGCCUCCCCUGCAGUAGGUUCCACCUCUACGACGGUUGCUGUAGAUACCAAAGUAGGGUGUUCUUCUGCAAUCCCUCAGGCUACCCCUGCCUCUGCUCCUGACGGCGUUUCUGGCCUUACCCCAGAGUCGCUUAGGGGAACAGGUUGGAAGAAGGAUGAACAAGAAGGAAGAAAAGAAGACGAAGAAGAAAGAGAAGAAGAAAGAAGCAAGGAAGUGCAAGGCACAAAAAGAAGAAGAGAAGACGAAGACGAAGAAGAAGAAGAAAAAGAAAAAGAAGAAGCGUGUUGGAAGACGAAGAAGACGAAGAAGGAGGAAGAAGAGUAA